CGCAGCAGACGGUAAAUCUCACCGAUGUGGCUGAUGAUGAGUCGCUAAACUUUCGCUCUCUUGUAUUCAAAGCAGUGGUCAGAAUGAAAGCGUUGCUUCUGGCUGUGCUCUGUGUCUGCGGCUUAGCUGCGGGGACCGAGGAGGACGAGAGGCUGCCUAAUAAAUGCGAAGUGUGUAAGUUUCUGACGACGGAGUUGCAGGAGGCGCUGGAGAAGACCGGCCGCUCCAAAGAGGUCCUGGAGGUUGGAGAGGUGCUGGACACAGGCAGGAGGAGGAGGAAGAUUAAAUACAACACCUCAGAAACUCGGCUGACUGAGGCGGUGGACAACAUCUGUGAGCGCAUCCUGCAGUAUAACGUCCACGCCGAGAGGCCAGGCAGCCUCAGAUAUGCCAAGGGUUCCAGUCAGACCAUGACGACUCUGAAGAAUCUGGUCAACAAAGGAGUGAAAGUAGACCUGGGCAUGCCGUAUGAGCUCUGGGACGAACCGUCUGCGGAGGUGACAAAUAUGAAGAAACAGUGCGAGACCAUGCUGGAGCAGUACGAGGAGGUUGUGGAGGACUGGUACUUCCACCAUCAGGACCAGAGGCUGGAGCGCUUCCUCUGUGAGAACCACAUCCUGAAGACGUCAGAGCAAACAGACUGUCUGAAGGAGAUGUGGAAAGGCGACACGGGCAACAAAGGAGGAGCUGAGGCAGCCGACGAAGAGCAGCGGACGACACAUGACGCUGGAGAACUUUGAGGGGAGAAAACUACGAAGAACAAAGAACGGAAGCAGGAAUGAUCUGUGUUUAAGAAGUUGGAGACAAUGUUUCUGCAUUUUGCAACGUGACACUUUAUACCAUUUGUACAGAUUUUUUGCAGCAGCAUAAGAAGUAUUUCACCUCACACUGUGUACAGUUUUUAUAUGUUGAAAUAAAUCUUUUUAAACAAC